CACAGAUACCCCCUAGAGUCACCUGAUGACAGGGUCGGCAGCUGUAUAAAGGGCAUUUUGGGUGUUAUCUCAUGCAAUUGAGCUCUAACAUGGCUAAAGCAGUGAUUUGUGCGCUUAUUGCAUCUCUGUUUGCCUGCUGUAGAUCUGCACCUGUGGGUUUUCAUGGUGGUUCAGAUGCUCACUGCCCUCUGACAGUAAAGAUCCUGGAUGCUGUGAAAGGGACUCCUGCUGGAAACAUAGCUCUGGAUGUCUAUCGCCAAGGUCAAAGUGGACAAUGGGAAAAGAUUGCCAGUGGGAAAGUGGAUAUGGCUGGUGAGGUACACAACUUGAUCACCGAGCAGGAGUUCACUCCUGGCGUGUAUCGGGUGGAGUUUGACACUAAAGCCUACUGGAAGGCGGAGGGUCGUACACCUUUCCACCAGGUGGCUGACGUGGUGUUUGAGGCUCACGCGGAGGGGCAUCGGCAUUACACUCUGGCUCUUCUUCUGAGCCCCUUCUCGUACACCACAACCGCUGUGGUCGUCAAAGCACACGAGUGACAGAACACAACCUAAACAGAGAAAUUACUUUACAUCCAAGGCCCAAGAUUAAGUAUUUGCCACACCUUGCAAUGCCAGGUUGACUGAUAAAAUUCACCAUGUCAAUGUCAUGUCAAAAGUACUUGGCAAAAGUUUGAAAAAAUUAUGAUUUUUAAAUGUUUUUGAAAGUUUCUUAUGCUCACCAAGGCUGCAUUGUUUCACUAAUAUUGUGAAAUUCAGCUCUGCAUCACAGGAAUAAAUUACAUUUUAAAAUAUAUUACAAUUAUUUUUACUGUAUUUUUUAAGGAAAUAAAUUCAGCUUUGGCGAGCAUAAAAGACUUCAUGAAAAACAUCAGAAUGUAGCCAUUAAACUGUAUUUUGCAUUGUAUUUUGCAUUUUUAUUUAAUAAAUACAGUUUUGUCCCUACA